AUGUCUGCAAAUAACCAACCCGCUAUCGAAAAUGAAGCUUCCUCAUUUUCGCACCCGAAGCCUACUGAGGAUCUGUCACGGGAGAUUCUCUGCAGAAUUAUCCAACAAAUGGAAACAACCAACAAAAAAGAUAGCGAUGAUCUCGAGUUCUUCCGUUUUUUUGUGGUCACUAUGAUCGCCAUCUCCGUCUUCGGCGCCUCAACUUUUGCAGUUAUAUUGGGCGAAAUGACCGACCCCGCCGACAUAUGGGAGUCGCCAAUCUUUAGUCUCAAAACAGUCCGACUGUUUCUGGCUGUUUCGUGGCUUUCAUUUGCCAUGUCUAUCGCUUUGGCUGGGUACAGCGGCAGCGUGCUCGCUUUGAUGCGACAGAAGAAGAAAGGGGACCUUGACGAGGCGACAAUUAAGAAAUGGACGCCUGCUGGACUUGUGGUUUCUGUAGCUUUGCAUUUGUUGAUUGUGACUGGUUUUUUCUUUAUAUCACUGAGUCUGGUGGCUUACGUUGGGCCAUUUGGGUGGGUUAUCGUGUCAGUUUCUGGCAUAAUGUACAUCGUGGUGUUCUGCCUGAUUGGUGCGCAAUACAGCUUAAUGUAA